AUGCAGUGGCCAGUGGAAGACUCUUCCCUGGACAGGGCUGAGAGCCUGGAGAAGGAAAUAUCAGCUGGAAAAAGAAUAAUGGAACGCUGUCUACAUGAAAAUUGUAACUCCACUUGCCCAGAAAUUCCUUAUCAAGAGAGUCAGACACUUCUGGUUGUUGUUUACAGCAUCGUUUCUACUAUAGGUCUUCCAGCAAAUUGCUUAACUUCUGUGCUUACAUAUGUACAAAUCCGAAGGCAAAAAGUAGUUGCCAUCUACAUUUUCAGUUUAUCAUUGUGUGACCUGAUGUAUUUAAGUACCCUGCCUUUGUGGAUUAUCUAUGUGCAAAACGGGCACAAGUGGACCUUGGGUGACACUGCUUGCAGGGUAACAGGAUUCAUCUUUUUCUGCAAUAUCUAUAUCAGCAUUCUGCUUUUGUGCUGCAUCUCUGUGGAUCGUUACAUGGCAGUGGUGCAUCCUCUGAAAUCAAGGGGGAGAAGAGAACAGACAAUAGCCACCAUAAUAGUCUGUCUUCUCUUUGUUCUGGUUGCAGGAAUCCACACUCCAGUAUUUUUUAUGGAAGAUAAGCAAAACUGUACAGAGUUGAAAACCUGCUUUGAGACAGUUCCCCUUGACAAAGUAUUGGCUUAUUUCAGUUUUGCUAGAUUCCUGUUUGGAUUUUUCAUACCCUUCCUAAUCCUGUGUUUCACAAACUACAAAAUUUUCCAAGCUAUAAAAAGAAGCAGCAGCUUGACUUGUCGCGAGAAAGCCAAAGUGAAGCAUGUGGCUAUUGCCAUUAUUGUUAUUUUCUUGAUGUGCUUUGCUCCAUACCAUGUGGUUCUCUUAAUAAGAGCCAUACACUUUCUGGUUCAUCCGGACUGCCCAUGUCCAUUUGAAAAUAAGAUAUAUUCAGUUUUUACAGUGUUUCUGUGUUUAGGCACUGCAAACAGUGUUGCUGAUCCAAUCAUCUACGUUCUGGUCAGUGAAAACGUCAGAGAAGACUGUUAUAGGUACCUGAGAAGAUGGAGAUGGAGAUGGAACUCAUCCAAGCUAAAUUCAUCCACCGAUCACAAUACUGACAACAUAAAAUUGGAAACGCUAAAAGAAUCAGAGGAAGGGGGCCAAAGAAAAGAAAACAAAGAAAUAACAGAUUCACCUGACAUUCAGGAGGCCUGUACCAGUGGCAGAGACCAGGAAAGUGGCACUUAGCUGGUAGCUGCUGGAACAAAUAAGAAGUUCCCAAUGCCAGCUUCAGGACAGGAGUUUUUAAGUGCUGACAUCAUCUUGCACAUCCUGCAUGGGCCAUUAACUCCUUUUGAGGACACUAUUGGAGCAGUAAUUCACAUUUCUGCUUGUCUCCUACAAUUAACUUUGCCCACCAGUACCACUGAUGAACAUACUGCUUUGCUAAGGAUAUGUGAAAUAAAUGAAGUAAUUUACUUUGACUCAAAUUGGGAUCUUAAACAUUUUUAUU